CAAAAAAGAAUAUUAACUCUGAAAUUCUCCUUUCUCUCUUUCCUGUAGAUCUCCCACCUCAUCCGUCUUCCUCUCUCUCUUCGUCGUCUCCUUUUCAGAUUCUGCUACUUUUUUUUUUUUUUUUUUUUUGAAGAGACAGAUUCUGCUACUUCUUGCACCAGGGUUUCCACCAUACCAAUUUCGGAUUCUGUUCGACAUCUGGGUCUUGAUCAAUCAAACUUCUUGCACAAGAUGUACUUCCUGCAUCUUCAUACCAAAAUGCAGUUUUUGAGCUGGUUUUUGAAUCCAAAUGGAUGCCAAGAAGUUCAUUCAGUUGGUCGAGGAGAAGAAGAAGCGAGUUAUGGAAAGGAAAGAAGCCCCUAUCAAAUGGCAGCAGAGACUAGAAGCUGCUGCGAAAGCAAGAGCCGAUGCCGAAGCCAGAGAAAGGAAGGCAAAAUUGGCAAAAAAGAAUAAAAGAAAAUCUGUAUCUGGUUAUGAGAGUGAGAGUGAAUCUGACAGCAGUCAUGGGGACAGAAAAUCCAGAAAAAGAUCUCAUAAGAAGCACAGAAAGCACUCCCAUUCUGAUUCUGGGGAUGAGAAGAGGGAGAAAAAAUCUAAGCAUAGGUCAAAGAGACGCUCUUCGGACUCAAAUGACAGCAGUGGUGAUUGUGAUAGCUCUGAUGAAGACAGAAGGAAACGGAAGCGUUCUCAGAGAAAGCACAGUCGGCAAUCUCGUAAUGGUUCAAGAUCCGAGGAUUCUAGUUCUGGUUACUCUUCUGGUGAAGAUGCUGCUGUGAGGAGAUCUCACAAGAGGCACCACAAACGCAACAAGAGGUCAGACGCUGAUUCUUCUGAUUACUCUGAAGAGGAAUGUCGGAGGAGAAGCCAUUCUAAGCACCACAAGCGUCAUCGUCGAUCCAGGUCCAAUGACUCAAAUUCCUCUAGUGAUGAUGACUCUCUGGAAAAGAGAAAUCACAGGAAGUUCCGCAAACAGCACAGAAGAUCACACAGUGUUGAUUCUUCGGAUUCUCAUGGCCACAAGCAUGAUAGGAGGAGCCGAUCACUAGGAAAAUCAUCUGAUGAUAACUGUGAUGAAGCUGCCAAACAUAGACACAAGAAAGGUGACAGUCACCAUCAUCACCAUCUCAAGCAUGUGAACCACAGCAGCGUGAAAGAACUUGCUGCUUCAGGUAGUCAUCCAUCUGAAGCAAAUGGAAAUUAUCUGCAGCACGGAGAUACUAUUACCAAUGACCAUUUGAAUGGAAACUGCUCAAAACAAGAUGUUGGCACAGUGGUGAAAGGACAGAUUGACCCUGAGAAUGGACACCUUGCUGACCUCAGCAAGUAAUUACGAAGGACUAAGUUUUUCGUUGAACUUGAUUGUCGUCUUGUUUUAGCAUUUUCUAUCAUUGUUAAGGGUUUCUGCGAGGAAGUCAUCUUUCUCUUGGUUCAGGAGCUAUCCUAACCUUUGCACAAGUAUUGACCUUGCUUUACAUUACCUAAUAUGGGUUCAUUGUUAAUUGUACAUCAACUUUAGUGUGUUUUGCUUUAUACCAGUUCAGUCAGUUGAUUUGAUGAAAUUGUUUUCUUUA